UGUCGUAAUUUUAUUUAAGUUUAGCUCAUUUAUCUAUAUAUUUGAAGCAUAAUUAUGGCAGCAGAAGUAUGCAUAUAUAUAAAUAAAAAAUUGUACUUGUGUUAUGUAAUGUAAUGUAAUGUAAAAGAGCCGCUCCAACGUCGGUGUGACGUCAUCCCUCAAGUUGACAGCUGGGGGCGGGACUUCCCCUGACUGCUCUCUGCCCAGGAAGUCGUCGUGUUGCUGUUACGUCCUGCUCCUCCAGCCUUGGAAGGAAGCAGAAGAAAAAACAGAGCUGGACCAAAGUUGCUUUUUUUUUGUAGCCGAGGAAAAUCAAGAAGAGGAGACUCCCCCCGCCGGCACGGAACCAGUCCCCUGGGCUCCCGUCGGCUCCACGUCGCCGGUUGUCACCGGGAGGAACCGGGCACGAGAGGGAGGCUCGCUGUGAGGGGGGGGGGGGAGGACUCGCUUCCACACGCUCCUCCUCGCGGCGUGUUCGGUGCGAGCUGCCGGAGUGACGCGGGAUGAAAGCGCCGCGCGCUCCUUCGCGGAGGGGGUCUCGGGCCGCGCGCGGAGCGGGGGGGCGUGUUUAGCCCGCCAGCCACAGGUGAGAAUCACGGGAAAGAAUCGACCAGGCUCUGAUCCAUCAGCCCGUCUCAUGUGGAACAACUUCCGGCCGAACGCACGCGAGCCGACAGGCACUUCCUGAAGCGAGAGGACAUUGAAGGUGGAGGCUCCGCCAGAACCCGAAGAUGACUCCUGUCCUCGGUCACAUGACCCCCACCUUCCCCUCCACCUCCGCCCCCACCUCACAGUUUGGUGUCACUCGUGUUUUUUCUCCCGACCUUGCAGUGAGCCAAAAACGCCUGGGGCCACACCUGUGAUGAAACACCGGCUGCCCCCGUCAUUUCGUAUCGUCUGUAAGAAGAGCCACCCCCUACCGUUCAGCCCCCGCCCCCCCUCUACUCCCCCUCCUCCUCCUCCUCCUCCGCCCCCCUCCCUCAGAGAUCCUGGGCCAUGCUCCGCAAGAGAGGCUCUCUCAUCUUCUGCGGCACGUUCCUGUUCGUGACCUGGAACGCCGUACUGGUGCUCCUGCUGUGGGGGCGGCCCCCGGCCCCCGGCCAGCCGGGCGAGCCCGGCCGAGAGCGGGGGGCCGCGGCCGACGGUCCCACCGACAGCGACGACGUGGUGGGAGACGUGAUGCGGAUGGCCGACACCUUCGAGAAGGAGCUCGAGCUGCAGAGAAACAUCCUGCUGCAGAUCAAGAAGCAGCAGUCGCUGCGGGAGCCGAAGGCGCCGCCGCCGCCCCCCCCCGGCCGGCCCGUCGUCCCCAUCCUGGUGAUCGCCUGCAACCGGGUCACGGUGCGGCGCUGCUUGGACAAGCUGCUGGAGCUGCGUCCGUCCGCCGAGCUCUUCCCCAUCAUCGUGAGCCAGGACUGCGGGCACGCCGAGACCGCCGAGGCCAUCCGGUCCUACGGCGCUCAGGUGAUCCACCUGAAGCAGCCGGACCUGGCGGACGUGGCGGUGCGACCGGAACACAAGAAGUUUCAGGGGUACUACAAAAUCUCCCGGCAUUACCGCUGGGCCCUCAACCAGGUGUUCAAGACGCUGUCCCACUCCUCCGUCGUCAUCGUGGAGGAUGACCUCGAGGUGGCGCCAGACUUCUUCGAGUACUUCCAAGCCCUGCUGCCCGCGCUGAGGUCCGACCCCAGCCUGUGGUGCGUGUCGGCCUGGAACGACAACGGCCGGGACGGCUACGUGGACCCGGGCCGGGCGGACCUGCUCUACCGGACGGACUUCUUCCCCGGGCUCGGGUGGAUGCUCCUCAGGGAGCUGUGGGAGGAGCUGGAGCCCAAGUGGCCCGCGGCCUUCUGGGACGACUGGAUGCGCCAGCCGGAGCAGCGCCGCGGCCGCGCCUGCAUACGGCCCGAGGUCUCGCGAACUCUGACCUUCGGCCGGAAAGGCGUGAGCCUGGGCCAGUUUUACGACAAGUACCUGCGAUACAUCAAGCUGAAUGACAAGUUUGUGCCUUUCACCGAGUUGGACCUGAGCUACUUGCAGGAGGAGACGUACAGGGAGCGUUUCGAGAAGGAGGUCUACGGCGCCCCCCUGGUGACCUAUGAAGACGUGAAGCAGGGCCAGCCCAAAGGUUCGGGGCCCGUCCGCCUUCAGUACUCCAAGAAGGACAGCUUCAAAGUGCUGGCCAGGAACCUGGGGGUCAUGGACGACUUGAAGUCUGGCGUCCCGAGGACCGGGUACAGAGGGGUGGUCACUUUCAUCUCCAGAGGGCGCAGAAUCUACUUGGCCCCGCCCCCAGGGUGGACCAAGUAUGAUCCCACCUGGAGCUGAUCAUCCAGACCAAGGUUCCACGUGAAUGUGUGAAUGUGUGAAUGGUGACGGGAUGAUUUGUACUCUUUAAUGGAUCGUCUUUCUUUGCUACUCAGGUCUUUUUCAUCUCUCUGCAGCCUCGAACAGCUUCUUAAAGCAAGACUUUCUGCAGGUCACUAGAGAUCUAUUUUUAUAUUCUGCUGAUUGUGCACAUAAAAUCAUUUACCCAAUUAAUGCAAUUACCUAGUUUGCCUCUUUGGUGAUAAUUAUUUGCCAUUUUCUGUUAAGUCUGGUGCCAAUAUAACCUGUGGUGUGGUUUCUUAUGGUGAUGGAGAGUAUAUUGAUUCUCAUUGACUAUGAAAAUCAAUUCUUCCUGCUAAAAUAACUUUGAAUGAUUCUCCAAUGCAGGUUUGUUACCCGUCUUGUUUAUUUUUGGAAUAAAAGAAAUUCACAAUC